AUGUCCGUGACGGAGCUCGCCUCCAAGCUCUACGAUGCCUGUCUGAGCAAUUUCCCGUCUGACCAUCUUUUCUACCAGCAAGACCUGCUAGGUCUGGGUAUUGUGCCGAAGAAUGACCUUCCGCUUCUGUUACAAUGCACUCAGUCGCUGGUGGACCAGAAAUUAUUCCGUUUGCUCGCUGGUAAAAAUGAUCGGCUCGCAUGGAAGCUCAUCUCUCGCGAAGAUGCGGAUAAACUGCAGAACCUGAGCCCCGACGAAAGUCUGGUGUAUAAUGUGAUUCAUUCGACUGGCCGCUCAGGAAUCUGGGUCCGCGCUAUCCAGACCCGCACCAACCUACACAAGUCCAUUCUCGACCGUUGCCUCAAGUCGCUCGAAGGCAAGAACUACAUCAAAAGCGUCCACAAUGUCAAAUUCCCUAGUCGGAAGAUGUACAUGCUCGCCGGCCUGGCCCCGAGUGAGGAUGUCACCGGAGGCGCCUGGUUCACGGACGGAGUGCUGGAUGCGAACUUCAUCAACAGCGUUGCGGGUUACAUCGAGUACACCGUGAGUCGCAAGAGUUGGUACGAGGUACCCAGCGCUGAUGGGCCGGGGAAGAAGCGUCUCAAAACUGGGGCCGGCAGCGUGGCUGUGAAGCAGGAAUUGGGUGAAAGGCAGUAUCUUCCGUUUCCUGCUGGGUAUCAAGGAUAUCCGACUGCCAGCAUGAUCACGGCUGCUGUGAACGAGAGUGGUAUCACGCCCGUGCGACUGGGCGAGGAAAGUAUUGUACAGCUACUCCAAAUGCUGUGCUUCGACAACAAGUUGAUCGCGCUGAGCAACGGCGAGGUCUACAAGUCCGUCAAGCACCCAGAGGCAGUCAAAGCCGCGCAAGCACGGAAACCCGGGGGCGAAGAUGCAGACGAGGUAGACUACCUGGUCAAAAACGGCAUGACAGAAGCGCCGUGCGGCCAGUGCCCUGUGUUCAGACUAUGCGCUCCUGGCGGAGCCGUCAGCCCAGAGACUUGCGAAUAUUUCGACCCAUGGCUCGAAAAGGCGCUUGGAUUUUGA